UGUAUCACAAUUUUUGUUUGUUUUCUUUUCCUUCUCGUGUUGGUUAUACUUACAUUUAGAAUCUACAAAAUAAAGUAGUUUUUUAAACUUUUCCACAACCGGCGUGAAUAUGGCAAAUGAGGCAGAUAGAGAAGAUAAUCUUUUUAAUUUAAAUCUUGGUAACAAAAUAGAUCCAACAGAAUUUGAUGUUACUAUAGGUUCUUUGUUGAUUGGUCUUGGUGCUGAAAAGUAUAUCGAAAUAUUCAGACGAUUUUGUUUCAGGAAGAAAAAUAUUGGACAAUCCACUUUGAUGGAACUUACAGAGGAAGAUCUAUGCAAGCUUGGAGUAGAUGAUGCUGAAAUCAGAAGGAAACUUAUUGAAGUUGUUAAAGAUUUACCUAUUUAUGAAGAAUGCUAUGAACAAUUGUCAAACAAGAGUAACUUAAAUCCAAUAGAAAUUGUGGACAUCUUUGAAGCAAGUUCCCAGCAUCUCUAUAGGAUAUAUUUAAGUAUCUUGGCAAAUACACUAGCAUUGAAAAAGACAAAGAAACUACAAGACUGUUUAGUUUAUAGAGACAAAUAUGCUUCAGAUGUUGCACUAACAACACUCAGUGAAAUUACUAAUAUAUUGAAUUCAAUGGAUAUAGCUCUACACACACAAAUAAAGGAUCUGACUAAGGAAUCCUCUAAUAACAUAAAGAGAAAGAAGAUAAUAGUUGCGACUGUAGGCACAGCAGUAAUAUCCAUAUUAACAUUGAUGUUUGUACGUUCCAUAAAGGAUUUGAAAUAGGCUGUCAAGCUACGACAUUGGUACCUAUUUGUUUGGAAUAUUUACUUACUUUCCUCAUGGUUACUACUUAAGGAUAUUAUUUUAUCUGAUGUCUUUAUGAUGGAGAUCUAUUACUUUUCAGAAAAUAUGUUAUAUUGUUAAGUACUUCAUUAGAAAUAAAUGUUUCAUAAUUU